UCAAGAACAAAAUCAAAUUAUAUGUGCACUAAUAUUGUGGAAGUAGAAGUCGGGGGCAUAGAAUCAAGAACUAAAGAUGUCAGAAACGAGGUCGCCUCUACCUUUGCUAUUCAGAAGGCGUUCCAGUGGCGAAAUCAAGAACUUAACCUCAGUUUCCAGCAGUCUUUUACCAGCUUUUGGAACCAUCGUGGAUGAAGGGCACUUGCAGCUCAAGAAAUAUGUAAUUGCUCCCUACGAUCGCAGAUACAGGUUGUGGCAGACAUUUCUGGUGGUGCUAGUGGUUUACUCGGCAUGGGCAUCGCCUUUCGAGCUAGCCUUUGGAAAGGUCGCAAGCGGAUCACUCGAGCCCGUUGAUUUAGUCGUAGAUGCCUUUUUCGUCGUUGAUAUAAUCUUAACUUUCUUCAUCGCUUACUUGGAUAAGUCAACCUAUCUCCUCGUCGAUGACCGCAAGAAGAUCGCUUUGAGGGAUGAAACGCGGAAGCAUGUGCUGGGGCUGAACUUGAAACGCACAGCAGCAGGAGACGCACGUAUGAAACGCAAGGACGCACGAAACGCGCAGCACGAACGUGAACGUGAAGCGCCGGGACGCACGAACCUCGACCGCACGUCAAAACGCACAGCAGGAAAAGGUGAAACGGCAUGGUGGGGUUGA